AUGGCUAUAAUCAAGAGAGGUGCGCGUAAUAAAACAGCGCAACAGCCUGCCAAAAGAAGUGGUCAAAUUAAAAAGGCUACUUUCGAUGCCGGAAAGAAGAAGGAAGUGGGUGUUUCGGAUUUGACAUUACUUUCGACAAUAUCUGAUGAAGCUAUCAACGAAAACUUGAAGAAGAGAUUCCAUAAUGGUACGAUAUACACCUAUAUUGGGCAUGUUUUAAUCAGUGUAAACCCUUUCAGAGAUUUGGGAAUAUACACGGAUGAAGUCUUAAACAGUUAUAAAGGCAAAAAUAGAUUAGAAGUUCCACCUCAUGUCUUCGCAAUUGCAGAAUCCAUGUAUUACAAUAUUAAAGCCUAUAACGAAAAUCAAUGUGUCAUUAUCUCGGGUGAAUCAGGUGCAGGAAAAACUGAGGCAGCCAAGCGAAUCAUGCAGUAUAUCGCGGCUGCUUCAGUGACGCAUUCUGAUUCGAUAGGUAAAAUCAAGGACAUGGUCUUGGCUACUAAUCCUUUGCUGGAAUCCUUUGGUUGCGCAAAAACGUUAAGAAACAAUAAUUCUUCACGUCAUGGUAAAUAUUUAGAGAUCAGAUUCAACGCUCAAUACGAACCUUGCGCUGGUAACAUUACAAACUAUCUAUUAGAAAAGCAAAGAGUUGUUAGUCAAAUUAAAGGUGAGAGAAACUUUCAUAUCUUUUACCAGUUUACCAAGGCUGCUUCUGAUAAUUAUAGACAAACAUUUGGUGUUCAGAAACCAGAACAGUACAUUUAUACGUCCAUGUCGGGGUGCACAUCUGUUGAUACAAUUGACGAUUUGAAAGAUUAUCAAGCAACACUGAAGGCUAUGGAAGUCAUCGGUAUAACACAACAAGAACAGGAUGAGAUAUUCAGAAUGCUGGCCUCAAUUCUUUGGAUUGGUAAUAUUUCUUUCGUUGAAAACGAAGAGGGAAAUGCGCAAGUGAGAGAUACUUCUGUGACAGACUUUGUUGCGUAUUUAUUACAAAUUGAUGCGCAGCUUUUGGUGAAAUCUCUUGUGGAAAGAGUGAUGGAAACAAGUCAUGGUAUGAGGCGGGGAUCUGUUUAUCAUGUUCCUUUGAAUGCUGUUCAAGCAACUGCCGUGAGAGAUGCACUUGCUAAAGCAGUUUACAGUAAUCUGUUCGACUGGAUUGUGGACAGAGUCAAUGUUUCGUUACAGGCAUUUCCAGGUGCUGAUAAAUCUAUUGGGAUUCUUGAUAUUUAUGGAUUCGAGAUUUUUGAGCAUAACUCCUUUGAACAGAUCUGUAUUAAUUAUGUGAAUGAGAAGUUACAACAGAUCUUCAUUCAGUUAACUUUGAAGUCCGAACAAGAAGAAUACGCUAGAGAGCAAAUACAGUGGACACCAAUUAAGUAUUUUGACAACAAGGUCGUCUGUGAUUUAAUUGAAGCUAAACGACCACCUGGGAUCUUUGCUGCACUAAAUGACUCUGUCGCAACUGCACAUGCAGAUUCCAGCGCUGCUGAUCAGGCCUUUUCACAAAGACUUAAUCUUUUCAGUACAAACCCUCACUUCGAGUUAAGGUCAAUGAAGUUCAUAAUCAAACAUUAUGCUGGUGAUGUCACUUAUGAUAUUAAUGGCAUGACUGAUAAGAAUAAGGAUCAACUUCAGAAGGAUUUGGUAGAGCUAGUAAGUACUACCACUAACGCCUUUCUAUCAACAAUUUUCCCCGAUACGAUAGACAAAGACUCUAAGAGAAGACCACCCUCUGCAGGCGAUAAAAUUAUCAAGAGUGCCAAUGAAUUAGUUGAAACACUAUCUAAGGCACAACCAUCUUACAUCAGAACUAUUAAGCCUAAUCAGACCAAAUCACCAAACGAUUACGAUGAUCACCAAGUGCUGCAUCAAAUUAAGUAUCUGGGUUUGCAGGAAAAUGUUCGCAUUAGAAGAGCAGGAUUUGCUUACAGGCAAACAUUCGACAAAUUUGUGGAACGCUUUUACCUAUUAUCUCCACAAUGCUCGUAUGCUGGUGAUUAUACGUGGCAAGGGGAUACCUUGGAUGCCGUAAAAAUGAUUUUAAAAGAUGCUUCGAUUCCAGCCACCGAGUAUCAACUUGGUGUGACCAAGGUGUUUAUCAAAACCCCGGAAACUUUGUUCGCGCUAGAGCACAUGAGAGAUAGAUAUUGGUAUAAUAUGGCUGCUAGAAUUCAACGUGCUUGGAGAAGAUUUUUACAAAGAAGAAUUGAUGCCAUCAGUAGGAUUCAAAGAGCAAUUAGAGAGAAGAAAGGGGGCAACAAGUUUGAGAAACUUCGUGAUUACGGCACAACAUUAUUAGCCAAUAGGAAGGAAAGACGAAGCAUGUCGUUGUUGGGUUAUAGGGCGUUCAUGGGUGAUUAUUUGGCAUGUAACGAUUCUAAAUCAAAGGGUGCCUUCAUCAAAAGACAGGCCGGAAUUAAAGAGAGAGUUAUAUUCUCUAUAAGCGGAGAAGCCCUACAUUCAAAAUUUGGACGGUCGGCGCAAAGAUUGAAGAAAGUUUUCAUUUUAACGAGUGGUGCCCUAUAUAUCAUUGGACAGACUUCUGUUCAAAACCAAAUCUCCUACACUGUUGACAAUAGAGUUGAUGUGAAUAAUAUUAGGUUCGUAAGUCUCACCAAUUUGCAAGAUGACUGGAUCGGUAUUUUCAUGAACAAUUCAGCCCAACCUGAUCCACUAAUUAAUACCUAUUUUAAGACGGAAUUAAUUACGCACCUAAAAAAAUUGAAUAGUAGAAUUGAAGUCAAGAUUGGUUCUACAAUUGAGUAUCAAAAAAAGCCCGGAAAAGUUCAUGUUGUCAAAUCACAGAUUAAUGAAGCGGCGCCAAAAUAUGGUGAUAUUUAUAAAUCAAGCACAAUAUCUGUUCGGCGCGGUAAUCCAGCCUCAUCCAAAUCACAUCGUAAGCCUAAAAAGAAGAGUUCCCUUGGGGCAGCAGAUGUGUCAUAUUCAACACAUACCGUCCAACCAUCGCCUCAUGUUCAGCAUCAAGUACAAACUGCGUCCGUAGCUAGCCCUCAAAAGCCUCCAGUUUCUCAACGCCGUCAAAAGAAACCCGCCCCUCCACCUCCCGUUAAAAAGCAAGCCCAGCCAAUUCCUUUGUCAAAUUCGGCUCAAAACAUCGCAGCAAGUGCAGCGCAAGCUGUUUAUCAUCCCUCACCGGCAGACGGACAAUCAAGUAGAAGACCUGUACCUAAUAGACCACAAAUUUCACAGGUUACGCAAGUUCGACCAACAGCUACACAUCAACCUGUACAGGUGAGUGCGACUAAUGAACAAGACAAAAAAAAUAUUCCACCUCCUCCACCACCACCACCUCCCCCUGCGUCACAACCCUCUGAGCCCAAGUUCACAGCUGCUUACGAUUUUGUAGGUACCGGCUCAGCUUCAGAAUUACCACUAAAAAAGGGUGCUAUAGUUUAUAUUUCAAGACAAGAACCAAGUGGUUGGUCUUUGGCAAAGACUUUAGAUGGGUCUGCAGAAGGUUGGGUACCAACUGCUUACAUGGCAGAAUACAAAGAAAGCUCCAUCUCUCCUGCUCCGCAACAAUCAUUCCAGACGCCUGUAUCUUCUAGCGCAACAACAAUGGCAUCUUCAGCUCCAGCAGCUGACUUUUCAGAUGGCCUGGCAUCUGCAUUAGCUGCCAGAGCAAAUAAAAUGAGACUAGAAAGUGAUGAAGAGGAGGAAGUUGUUUCAGAAGAAGACGACUGGUAA